UCAAGCUGCAAGCGAUCGAGAUUAAUUCGUUCCGGUAGAAAACAAAAACAUUCAAACAUUCAAACAAAUCCUUUACCAUCCGCGAUAUUUAUGCGAAAAGUACUUCUUUCUCAGGACACAUAAAAGUUUAAAGCUUUUAACUUAUUGUUUAACAGAUUUAUUUCUCACACUAAAUAAUGGCUGAUGAGGAAAAUGGCCAGGAAGUUGACCCUCUGCAAGACGAUAGUGUUGGAGAUUUUGACGCAGACGCGGAGGUAUCGCUCGACGAUCCGGUGGACAAUGAUGGUGAUGGAGAUGUCGAGGCAGAUGCCGGAAUCGAGGACCCAGAGCUUGAAGCCAUUAAAGCUCGUGUGAAGGAAAUGGAAGAAGAAGCAGAGAAAAUACGGGAAAUGCAGAAUGCAGUUGAUCUGAAAAUGAAUAUGUCCUCCCCCACUUUGUCCUCCAGUUCUGCUUUCCCAACCCCGGAGGAGAAGUUGGAUGCAGAUGCUCGAUCAAUUUACGUUGGCAAUGUGGACUAUGGGGCAACUGCUGAAGAGCUCGAACAGCACUUCCAUGGCUGUGGGUCCAUCAAUAGGGUCACCAUUCUCUGUGAUAAAUUCUCUGGUCACCCUAAAGGAUAUGCAUAUGUUGAGUUUGUUGACAAAGAUUCAGUAGCUACCAGCCUGGCACUUGAUGAAUCCUUAUUCAGAGGAAGACAAAUAAAGGUGUUUGCCAAGCGUACCAACCGUCCCGGGAUCACCACAACAAACCGUGGACGGAGAGGUGGCCGGCGGUCAAGGGGAGGCCACUACGGAGGAGGUGGAUACAUGCCCCGGGGUCGGGGACGAGGAAGCUUUAGACGUGCGAGCUACUAUUCCCCGUACUGACCACUGAAUUGUCGACCAGGCCUUCCUUCUUCUCCAUGUGUUCAUGCCAGCCUGCAGCCACUGGACCUGCACGACAGUGUUGCAGAUGUACACUUCUGCUAAAACACUUGAUAUUCUUGCAGUUUUUAUGGUGGCUGAUUUUUGUAAUGCACAACAUUUGCUGGCAAAAAAUUAAAUGAGCUCAUUUGAUUUAUGAUAAAAAAAAAAGAAAGCUACACCUUAAACAUCAUCAUAUUUCUAACAAAAAAUGGAAUUAAAGUGAUAAGUUAACAGUUUUAAUACUGUCAGAAACAGCAGCAUUGCGGUUUUAUUUCGAUUUUAUCUUUGUUUUUAAUUUAUAGCUGUUUCUAAUGGAAACACGUUUGCAAUAGAUAUUUAUUACCAUAGAGAUCUGCCAUGUAAUUAUUUUAAAUAAUUGUUCUGGUAUAGAAGGUAAGUACUGUGACAGAAAAAUAUACAUUAAAGGUUUGGUUUUUAUGCAGAUUAUUUAUUUAGUUGAAUAAAAUGUUAAAUGAUUAAGUAAAAUCAGCCCGUCCAAACUUGUAUACUUUUAAUACAUGCACUUUUUUUCCAGGUCAUUUACAAAAAGAAUAUGUUAAAAGAAAAAUUGAAAAAAGAAAAGAAAAAUUGAACAAUAUCAAAAAAGAAAUGUAUAAUAAAAACAAUGCAAAAUGCAUAAAAAUGAGAAUAUGUUAAAAACAAAUAUGUAAUAAAAUGUGAAAUGAUA